AACAAAUGACUUUCUGCUUUUUAAAAUGAACUCAUUKCAAGAAACUUGUACACCCAAGGGAACAAUCUAUGAAUGAAAAUAUGAUUUUGUAUAUUCAGCUGUAAGGUCCUCCAGGAUAUUGAGGAUAAAAAUGAUUCGUGCUGUUGAGAAAACAUGAUGAAAAAUGUCGGGUACAGCAGUGGAGUUGGUCUUUUCUCGGGCYUCUUCAUCCUCUCCAAGACUUCCAGCGAUUGGAGAUGACACAAAUUUAGUUUCACGACCAAUAACUCAAAGUUCUGAUGGUUUAAAGGAUGCCRGUAAGAACGAAAAGGUCGAAGAGACAUCACAAACUGAAGAUGAAGUCGUCACUCARAAACGAAAAUUGAAAAAGUUGAUUUCUCGCGCCUUCAUCACUGCUCUUCACCAAAGCAAAGACCUCAAGUGCUGGAAUCACUUGGGCGAAGUUCUUCAACUAGUAGAGCCUUAUUUAUCCAUCCUUAACACCAAAGAGCUCUGUCAUUAUGCAGAGAGGGCCUACCUUGAGAUAGAAGGUAAUAAAGAUCUUCAAGAUGUCUGCAGUCUCAUACAACGUGUGUUUGUUGACGUCGUUGCAAAUGUUCAAAAUGCAGACAAGAAAAAGUCAAAAUUCCCSUCAGUCUCAGAUGAAAAUGUCUCCCUGACGUUGAGAAGGAAAAYCGUGUCAAAAGGAGUUAAGAUUCCAARAACCGAAUUAAARUCGGUGAUGCCAUCUUCRUGYCUUCCAGCYGAUGAACAACCAUCCUACAACCCAAAACGAGCGAAAGAGCUUUCUUUGAACGACCUGAGGUUUUCCCUUACAGAGGUUGUAAAAGAGAUAUCAGCCAGAGAAUCUGUUCUUGGAGUUCCACUUGGAAUGACUAUAUUAGCACUUGAUGUCAACUUGCCACCAACACACACCCCCUCGCCACCCCCCACACCAAAGCCCAUGUCAGCCACUCCACAGAAGCAAGUUUGUUUUGACAGCGAAGACAAAAAGUCAACUGUCAAAAAGGAAGCCACCUUURUACCAAGAACAGGGAUGGAAAUAGUAGAAGAGUUUAUCAAAGGAAGUUUUCUUGGUGAAUUAAAAUUUGCAUAUGUUAAYUUUGCCCCAUCAGAGAGAUACAAUCCAUACCAUCUAAUUGAAGUUCCUAAAGAUAGAGUGAAUCCAGAGCACUUCAUCAUYUCAUCUCAUAGCAUACUGCAUAUCUUUCCAGAUAAGCCAUCUGAGUCUCAGCUCAUAUCAGAUUGGUACAUAGAGGCWUCAACAUUUCAUGCMGUYAUGAACCUUUCGUUGUUUAAAAACUUUUUCUUGAGAAAAGCAUUCAUGAAAUUGAAAAAUGCAAAGAAGUUUACWUACUUCAGAAAAACCAAAGCUGAUAUUGAGAAGUCUCUUAUACCUAAUGUCCAAACAUUUGGUUCUGCCUUGCUUCGUAUCUCGUCACUACUGAAUGACUUAUCAAAAGUGACAUUCCUUCCUUUUGAYACCAAGAGCUGUUAUACCCUCCGUGAAUUCGAAGAGCUGACAUUCAAGACAAGUGAUACUGGUCGUAUGUAUGUAAACAAGUUUUUUGCUUUUUCUCAAAUGAUUGUUGACAAGACUCAAUCCAAUUGCUUUGAAUACUUGAAGUAUUGUGAAACCCAAAUAAAGAAUCAUCARCAUAAYUACAAGGAAUCUCURUCUGUUGCCAAAGAGAAGAAAGCAAUCAGACAAAAGAACCUCAAACUUGCUCAUGAAGAAGUAGCAAAACUGGGGAACUUUGUCAACCUGGUUGACCACAUUAUCAUCCAAAAUCUAAUCACUAUGGCUCAGUCUAAUAUCUGUAAGUUUGUUGAUGUCACUCUUCCUGGUCCAAGACCUGAAAGGGAAGGUUUGUUCAAGGUUGGUAUCAUGUUCAAUGAUAAUCACAAGCUUGCGCUAUCACCUUCAACCAAACAGCUUGCAUAUUCAUUAUCAUCUGCACUGGAAAUAGUGCUAUCAGUAGUGUGUAGUCUGUCUCAUGCAAUGGAACUGGAUGAUGUGACCAAAUCUUUCAUUGCUAAAGCCAAAGGCGACAGUGCAACUCCAGACACUAAAACUCCAAGAACAGCCAACAAUAAACACCCUGAAAGCACAGUGCAAUUCUCAUCAAGAGUUGAUGUCGUAAGUGAGACAGGMCAGCUGGAUAUCUACAGCUACAGUAAUCUGAAAUCCCAAGAUGACAUCUCAAUACAGAUUAUGAGAUCAGAGGAUGAGAUAUUGGAUGAUAUUCAGGAUUUCAGUACAUCUAUUGGAAGUGCAAGGGAUGUWAAGCCAACUAAUSAAGAACUGUGUUCUAAACGACCACAAGAGAAUGUCCUUGUUGUUCAAGGUCACAAGCUAGAACCAUGUUCAGUUAGUAACAGUCCACUGACCAAAGAAAAAUUGCAGCAAACUCUAUAUAGCAAUGACAAAAUCAAAGAUGCUCUGAAAUAUCAUCAAGAAUUGGUKAGUGAGGCUGUGGAGGAAGUGACUGAGUUCUGUGAGAAUCAUAAUUGGCUUUCAGARAUCCAUGAGUUUGUAACAGGGUGGGAUGAUACUCAGAUAGAGUACUGGAAAUCACAACCUACAACUAUGAUAGAGCAACAACUAAGACAAAUUCAAACAUGGACACAACAAGUUGGUGGUGUUAUCAAGAAGUUUUCUACUGCUAAUGGUUUGCUGUACAUCAAUUGUAUACCUAUCCAAGAUAUCAUCAUCCCCAARCUAUCCCGCAUAUUCAAUGAGAUGGUUGUCAUGGUUGCAUCUCAAGUGUUGAUUUUGUCAGGAGAAGUCGUAAUGGAAAUGGAAAACCUUGCCGAGUCUAUCAAAGAGCAAAGAACUGAGAUCAAAUUCUUUGCAUUGUUCAUCAAAGAACUUAAAAGUGUCAAAGAUAAAGUUCCUGCAUUGAAAGAUAAAGUUGAAUACAUCAAGAACCUGUUUGAAGUUAUUCGAGGCUGCUUUAGACAACUUACUGCAGAAGAAGAAAUAACUGAAGAAAAGGUGUGGGCCUGUUGGGAAUCAUUUUUGUUUGGUUUACAAGAAGCUUCUGAUUUCAUUCAAAUACAAAAGCCAGUUGUCACUGAAAGAUUACACGAAACCAUAGCUAGCAUGGAAGAGCAAGUWUUUGGUAUUGGACAUCGAGCAAUGAGUGGAAGGUUUAUUGACCCUGAUGAAAUGCCAUCAAAGGUGCUCUCUGAUUUGAGACAGCUACGAGAUCGAGGUCGUCGAAUCUGUAAUGAGCUGAAAAUCAUCAACNCAUUUUUACAGCAAAGACAUUGGAGAGCAUUAUUUAUUGGUAUGGGACAAGAGUUUGACCAGUCAAUGAAGUUCACUACCACACGUCUCUUAGAAAUGAACCUUACUCGCUACAAAGAACUUAUUGAAACUGUGUGCAAUGGAGCUUCUCAUGAACAUGAACUGGAGAUUGAAUUGCAGCAACUCAUUAAGUCAUGGCUAGAGCGAGAUUUCAAACUCGCCAAGCAUAUACCAUCCAUGAGGCCUAAAAUGGAUGAUGAGCACUCCAAGAAGACAUUAGAAAGACAGAAAGAAAAGAAACGAAAGAUGACGCUGCACGAGAAGACAAAGACAAAAGCAAAGCCCAAGACAGCAGUAGCUGAUUCAUUCAUUGUUAUUGGUAUUCCUGAAAUCAAGUGUAUGAUUGAGGAUAAUCUUGUAACGCUGCAAUCCAUGCUUGCCUCGCCGUAUGUCACUGAUGUSAUACCCAUAGUMGAGGARUGGACUAAUAAUCUAACGGAGCUCGAGGAUAUUUUAAACGUUUGGGAGACCUGUCAGAUAAAGUGGUUAUACCUGACGAAUGUCUUUUCUGAACCACAAAUGGCCAGGAAGUAUGCAGAACAUUUGGAGUCCUUCAAAGAAAUAGACAAAAAAUACCAGGAUCUUAUUGACGUYAUCUCUAAGAACAGUAGAGUAACAUCAAUUCUCACCAAGAAGCGAGGUGAAUUAGGWUGGAGAGAGCUUCAAGGGGAAGCAUUACGUGCUAUGCUGCUGGAGCUGAUUCAAAAAGAGGAAGAGCUGAUUAUYWUGGUUAAAGAAUACUUUGAAUUAGCUCGUGCUGAGUUUCCAAGACUCUACCUUCUUGGUGAUAAAACACUACUAGAUCUUCUUGCAUGGUCGCGCAACCCCAAGGAUUUGMUGCCAUUUGUCAAGAUGUGCUUUCCUGGUAUAAAGGGCCUUGAGUUUAAGUUACCAGAAGAUAUCGGCGUCAAACUAACAUCAGCUUUAGAUGCUGCGCUAAAUGUUCACUUACUGGAAGUUAUUGGAAUGGAAGGAAGCAAUAGCGAACAAGUUAGCCUUAUUCGACCUAUACCAGCUUCCCCGGUUCCUCAGAAAUGGUUUGUAAAUCUUGARCAAAGCAUGAGAGAUACCCUGAUGAACGAAUUAUCACGAUGUGUUCGAACAAGACUACAUGAUGGAGCCUUGAAUUUCACUAGCCUUGUUGAACAGCUGAUUCAUAGAGAUAACGUUAGUGGAGAGAAUGUUGAUGAACCCGUGGAAGAUAAACAGCCUCUACUUGGUUUUCCUGCACAGUGCGUUGGAAAAGCAGAAGAUGUAUUGUGGGCUCGUAAAGUGAGCCACGCCCUGGUCAGCGGGAGGCAACGUAAUUUAUCAAUCAUUAGAACUGAGAUCAAGUGUUCGAUUGAGGAUUUGUCUUCAGCCAUCAGAAAGUCGAUUGAAUGUCCAAGUGAUAAUCCAGAGCAAAAUAGAAUCGAAGUUAUUUCAGCUAAUCUCCUGGCUCAGGCGGUCAGUCAUCGCGAUAUUGUUGAUGCWUUGAUUGAAGAUCAUGUGACCAACAUAGACAGUUUUGAAUGGCAAAGUCAACUGAARUCUAAAAUGGAAAUUACUGAAGAGAUAUCGACGUCGUACGAUGGGAAAGACARUACAUCAGAAUUACCAGUAGAAAAAACUUACAGGAUCGGUAGAUGUGCUCUUGAGCAGUUAGKGACCRGCGURCCUUAUGGCUAUGAAUACCAAGGUCCAAGCACRGGGCUAGUUGUAACACCAUUAGCAAGAAGGUGUUUUCURUCACUCAACAUGGCGCUGCAGUCGUUUAAAUGCGGAACUCUUCAUGGUCCUAAUGGAACUGGAAAAACAGAAACAAUACAACAUCUUUCUAAGAUUCUUGGCCGCCAUCUUGUCACGGUCAACUGCACGUCAAGUUUAGAAAGUUCUACAUUGGUUGGUUACUUGUUGGGAAUGCUUCGCUCAGGAAGCUGGAUUUGUCUUGAGAACAUCGAUUCCAUGAAUACGGGAGUUUUGUCUGUGUUUGGGCARCAUUUGGAAAAGAUUCGGCUGUCGUUGAAAACCAUCAAGAGAGAUCUCCAUAGCCAGUACACYGUCAGAGGAAAUUCUGACAAGAACUUGGAGCGACGACCUUCUAUUGUUAGUUUGACUCCUUURCACGGGAAAGAGUCUGUUUGGAUAAAAGACGAAAUCUGUCAGUGCUGUGGAUUUACAGAAAGCCAACUGUUAGCAAAGAAGUUGCAUUCUUUCUUUACGAUGAUCAGUGAUCAGAUUUCAAGUCAGAACGAUUUAUCCCUUCGGUCAAUGCUUACCGUGGUUCGUUAUGCAAGUCAUGAGCUCAGAAAAGAGCUUAAAAGAAAAGCAACAAACGAUGAAACGAACAGUAUCAAUGACAACGAAGCUCCUGCCCGAAGUCCUUUCCUGGAAAGCUUUGAGCGUCGACAGACUGAAGAAAAUUCCCUAGUGCAUGCACUGUUUUGCUUCUUUGGUAACAAACUGUGGUCAUCAGAUAAAGACAUUUUCUCCAAUACAGUAGAUGCUGUAUUUAUUCAUAGUGUAUUGAUGUCAGUCAUCUCCGAGGGCGAACCUGAACUAUGUGACGAGAUAAAAGAGCACUUUGUGUCCCAUGGUUUUCAAGUCAAACCAGAGUUAAUGGCCAAGACAGUGCAGUUAUAUAAAAGUAUCAAGUCCGCUGGAAAUGUCAUCGUUAUCGGGUCAUCAGGAUCAGGAAAGACRACAUUAUACCAGGCACUAGCUGGAGCCAUUAAUARUCUACAUACACAGUUAUUGUCGACCACUAAAGUUSRACCAAAGAAGACAACGACACUCGAGGAGAAACCACCUACUAGGGCGUGGCCAAUGCUGGAUGUAACCGUAGUUUUUCCUAAAUCAUUGACCAACGAUGAGCAUGUGGAGAAGUGGCUUGUACUGGAUGGUCCAAUGGACGAUCUAUGGCUAGGUGGAAUGAGUACUGUUUUGGAUAGUUCUAAGACUUUGUCUUUGGGUGAAGGCGGCUCAGUUUCUGUUCCAGAUACUGUCUCUAUCAUCUUUGAGACGACGGACUUGUGUAACGUGUCUCCGUCCUUAGUGACUUGUUGUUCAAUCGUUCACUGUCCAGACGAAUUAAUUGGCUGGAAAGCUAUCUUCAGACCAUGGAUCAAAUCUGCGUACUCAAAGUGGGAAAUCUCAAAUAGAGGGCUUGGGAUAAUCUCAAGCCUGAUGGACCAUGUUGUYGAGACAACCCUCGUGUUCCUCGAACAACACUGCAAAACAGUCCUUACUGCAGACUUUGGUUCUACCACCCCCUCRCCGUCUCCAGCACGAGGGGUUUACGAAGUUCAAUCGAUUCUCCGAUAUUUGACKGCCAUAUUUGACCGUCAUAUCUUACGAGAAGAUGAUAGCAGUCAAGUAGUGGAGCAACAGAAAGGMAGGAUAUCUGUAGCAGGAUCGUCUCAUAGUAGAAACAGCUCAGGAAUUACUCCUGGUGACACAGACAAAGUCAUAUCCACUUUUGUUUUUGCCUUCGUUUGGUCUUUUGGAGGYCACUUGCAGGACAGUUUUGCACAGGCAUUCGAUGAGCAUGCGCGUCAAGUGCUAUCCUCAGGCCCUUAUCCGGCCAAUAUUCCAAGCGAGGGCCUGGUGUACGACUAUUAUUUAGAUUUCCCAAGAGGCACKCUCAUCAAAUGGGAAGAAAGACCAGGUGCUCAAUUCAAGACUUUUGCCACCUCGUACACCGUGGUCCCAGAGUUUGAUCGUUAUUUCUUUUUGAUGGAUUUAAUGAURACUGCUGGUCGACCAGUGCUGUUAGUUGGACAACCAGGAAGUGGAAAAUCAGCUUUAGURCAGAACCUUAUCAGCCCUCGACAUUCCUAYCAACGUAUCUUCAUGUCGUUUGCUUUAACGUCCAAGCUGUUUCAAGAAGCUAUAGAAGCAAAAUUGUCACAUGURGAUCGACGUGAUUUGAAUGACUUGACGCUUAAAGAUGCUCUUCUUGUAACGAAAACAAAAUCUAAAUCGGUUUUGUACUUUUUGGAUGACCUCAAUUACGCAAACACAGACGCAAAUAACACACAGCCUCCUCUUGAACUGCUCAGACAGAUUCUAACCCACGGUUGUUUAUAUGACAAACAACGUCAGCAGUACUACCCCGUCAAAAAUGCUGCGCAGUUUAUAAGCACUGCCGUCCCUCCUAGCGCUACUGGUGUGGGUGGUGGAGUAGCCAGCCAUGUUCUUAGUCCRUGCCUGACACGUCKYAUGACCGUCUUGUCGUUCUUUCCUGCCAGUCCUCAGACUCUCACUGCGAUUUAUUCWGGAAUUUUCUUGACUUGGCUGAAAGGAUUCCCUGCAUAUUCCAUGACACAUCAUGCAAUUAUAUCAAAAGCGAUGGCGGCGGCUACCAUUARCCUGUUCAACAAGAUCCGUGAAGAGCURCGGCCAAGUCCACUUUAUCCGCAUUUUGUCUUCAAUCAACACGACUUGUCGCGUAUUGCAGAUAGUUUUACCUUGUUUUCAUCGAGUUCUCGUGGUCGCAAACGUCCUCGUGUUAGAAAGCGAGGCGGAGGUGCUGCAAGGACUGUAAGGGUGAAAACUACACAAUUGGAAGAGAUCACUGCUACCUUAAUGGAGAAUGACCGUGGUUUUGAAGGAGACCCAACUAUUGCAACCCCAGCAUUGCUAUCUCCAAUCAUUCGUUCGCUGUUCAGACUUUGGUGUCAYGAGAAUACCCGCACGUACUGUGAUCGCUUGCUCAGCGAUAAUCAACGAUAUUGGUUUUCUACCGUUUUGAACGAUGUUGUCAUGGAGCAUUUUUGCCAGGGUGUUGAGGACUUAACCCCACCUGAACAACCRGAACAACCUGAAAGGGAUUCUCUCUUCCCAGUUAUAUCUCGGGAGAGCAUCGGUGUUGCACCAGGUACCAGUGCCCCUCCUCCCUCGGCCAAAAUCAGCCGCUGUUCUAAUAUCGUUGAUAAACCWGAACAAGAAGAAGAGACUGGAGCGGAGGAUGAGGAAGUACUCUUAGAGCAAUCGGAACACGACAUUGAAAAGCUCGAUGACAUUGAGGUCAAAGAAAACGAAAAUGUAUGUGUAGAGGAUGGCAAAGAAGAUGCAGAUCAGGUUGUUGAGAAGACGGUAUCACGUGACGAUGAGCAAAACCAAGAUGCAGGGUCUGAGCGCAGUGCAAGCAGUGUUGAUUCUCACCAUGAAGAGCCUAUCAAUGAAGCUGAAUGCACAUUUGGUGGACAGUCACCUAAGAUUGAGGAGACAGCCGAUGUUUCUAAAGACGUAGAAGACAAAGAAUACAAAGGUCCAUUGAUAACGUUUAGACAACUGGCUUUACCAGGAGAAGACUUGACGGACAUAAUGUUUUGUAAACACUUCGUUACAUCGUCAAUGUUAUCAACUACAAGCUCAACAUCAAAYACCACACGAGGCUAUACCGAGUGUUUUGAGGAGGCUCUUGAACAAGGAAUGAAAAAGUGCAUUAGUUCAUAUAACUCACAGUCAAUCAAAGACCGUUCMUUCAAGAAAAUCAAUAUGGUGACUUUUAGAGAGGCACUCCGCCAUGCCUCGCGUAUAAGCCGUGCMUUGGCUAUCGAAGGUGGSCAUGCGCUUCUACUUUCUCAUCAAGGUUAUGGACGACGUACACUCACUCGACUCGCUGCUCAUGCUGCUCGUUAUACGCUAAUCGAAGUGCAGAACACUCCAUUCCAAGGUCAAGGUGAAUUAAGGCAACAGAUAAAAGAAGCCAGCUAUAUUGCGGGUUUGCAGGGUAAACCWGUGGUACUGUUUGUACCAGAAGACCAGACCGAUGAAUCUUUACAAGACAUUUGCACUGUAAUGGUCGAAGGUACUUGUCCAGGAUUGUACACCAAAAACGAACUUAACAUGAUUACCAGUAAUCUCCUUCCCGUCGGUCAGCGAGGAAUUCGACGYGUUGAACACUUAGACAUCGCACAAGAACGAUUCUUUCGUCGAGUCAAGUCGCACUUACACGUGGUGAUUUGCAUGAAAUACUCGCCUCUUUUGACAUCUAAAUCGCCCUCGCAAUCCCAGCUGUACCGAUUCCCAAUCUUGCUGACUCGUUGCUGCUGUGUUGAUACUUUUGUUUCCUGGCCUCACGAAGCACUUACAAGCAUAGCUGAGAAACUGAUUGAUGUCAGUGACCCAAACCAAGGUUCAAAGAAAGGGAAAGACAGUGCUCCCAAUACGAGUGCUCUUUGUUCUAUUAUGGCGCAUGUACAUACAACCUCGAGAGCAAUGGCUCAAAAACUGUACGGUAGCAAAGGAUUAAAGCUGUAUUCUCCUGAUUCAUACUUGGACUUCGUUGUGCUGUUUAAAAAAUUCUACGAACGACUUUGCGAGAAAGAAAAGGCCAAAGUCAACCGUUUAAAAAACGGUAUCAGUCGUAUGGACGAAGCSCAUGAGACCAUCAGUAGAAUGAAGACUGAACUGGCAGAUCUGGCACCUGUAUUCCAGGAAGCACAAGAAUCAGUUCAGCAAUGUCACGAUGAUGUCGAGACAAGUCAGGCCGAGUAUCAUGAUCAAAAGGAAAUGUGUAAGAAAAAAGAGUUGGAAAUUCAAAAACUACAAGAGCCUGUGGACUCCUUAAAGAAAGAAACYAAYGAACAGUUUGGCAAGGUYAGCCCGCUGUUUUAUGCGGCGUACAAUGCAAUCAAUGCUCUUGAUGUCCAUGACGUGGAGGAAAUACGAAGCUAUCGUGURCCACCUUUACUCGUGGAAAUGGUYGUCAACUGUAUUUGCUUGCUGUUCAAUACACCACAAACAUGGAGUGAAGGCAAACUACUACUCAAUCGAGACAACUUCUUCAAAGAUCUAGAGUUCUACAACAUGAAAGAAAUGCCUGACCCCAUGUUUCGUAAGCUCGAGACUUACUAUAACAACCCUUCAUUUAAACCCAAAAUCGUCAAAGCUGGAAGUGGUGCCGCUGGAUCACUUUGCAUGUGGGCUCGGGCUGUCUAUGAAUACUGUAUUGUGUAUAGAGCAUUGAAACCUAAGAGAAUGCAAUUGAAAAGAGCUGAGGCCCUGCUGGAGGAAGCGAAAGCCGCGCUUGGUGAAAUGAGAGUCCGUUAUAACGAAAUCAAGAAGGAGCUUGAAAAGAGGAUUCAAACUUACAAAGACAGCAUGAAGCACUUGAAGAAUACAGAGAAGAAGAUACAGACCAUCAAUGGCAGAAAGUCGCGAGCAGAGAAUCUUGUUGGUAUCAUGAGCGAAUCUUCCGAAUCUUGGAAAACCUUAUUGUGUGAAUCCCAGCAAAACCUGGUGACGGCUCCAGGUGAUUCGCUCAUCAUUGCAGCUAGUGUUUGUUAUCUUGGUGCACUUGAUCAUAACGCUCGACUUGAGCUCUUCAAUGAUUGGCUACGAGUGUGCGAUGGGCAAAAACGAGAAAUGUCGGGCAAAAAAACAAGUCUAGUUUCAAUGAUACUCCAUAAUAAUGACAGUGAAUCCAAGAAAACUAGCGAGCCAGUAAAAUCGCCUUCUAAGUCACGUAACGCGUCGUCCACGUCACGUAAUACGUCCUCCAUAGCGUCAAUUAACGUAAUCCCAGURCGUGACAAUCUUUCAUUGGCCGAUGUUUUAGUUGAAAAGGAUGAGUUAGUUGAAUGGGUAAACCGAGGCCUUCCUAAUGACCAACAUGCAAUACAGAAUGCAUURAUCAUGCGUAUGUGCUAUGAUCGGGMSCACUGUUGGCCACUAUUAAUUGACCCACAUGGACAAGCCGAAAUGUGGGUGCGUGCGGUCGUAGAUGCAAAGCCAMUUUCGUCUGUGGRUGAUCGUUGUAAGUCAGCACGAGGGAGCGGUUCUCGACCGUCUACACCACUUGACUAUCCAGAACUUGAGCCUCCCGAGGAAGACUUGAGCAUAGCUGAAGACAUUUGCAAUGAAGACUCGUUGGUGUCAGAUGUUGAUGAGCAAAGUGUGGUUUUGGAUGGCCGAGACACGUCUCUCACAGACCAWAGUACCGACGUCUCUGACAAGUCCUUGAAGGAAAAGAUAGCUAGAGAAAUGGGUAUACAGUCCCGAGGUAUGACUCCGAUWAGUACUGCCACACCUAAUUUAGAAGUCCGUGAAGGUCAAGUCAUGGUUGUAUCAGCAGAUGAUUCCCAGCUUGUGAGCAAGAUACGAGCAGCCGUCAUUKCAGGYGUAGUUGUUCUUGURACGCACAUGGAACGUCGUCGUUUCAGCAAGAAACUAGAAUUGCUMCUUUCACGACAGACAUUUGUCGAUAAAAACAAAGAUGUCAAGUUGUCUAUUGGCAAGUCCAUAGUUUCCUACCAUCCUUCGUUUCGAUUAUUCAUGAGUUCGUCCAUGCCUAUGUACAUGAGAGGAGAAGGGCUUGUCCCACUUCCAUUGUCAAAGACGUGUGUUGUUGAUAUGUCAUUCAGUCAACAAGGACUUACUGAUAGACUUUURAUGGAAACKUUAACGCUUGAACGRCCCGAAUAUGAAGGMCAGAAACGRUCUUUAGAGAGAGACUUGACACUCCACCAACAACAGAUAGCGACUGCCCAGGUAUUUAUUCUGGAUAAAGUACUUGAAUUGAAGACUCCACUUCUCAGCGAUCCUAAUAUCUUCAACAAUCUACCCCCGGUAUUGUUAGCAAAUACUCCAGGAAAUCACCCAAGAUUGUCUGUGUUCCAAAAAGCCUUGCUAUGGAAAGUAUUCAGAGAAGAUCAAGUGCAUCAGAUAUGUCAGGAUCUAGUUCUAUACAUACUCGGUGCUAGUAUGAUCCACCCUAUUGAGUACGAYAUACAGCAAGUGUACAGUGUUAGCACCAGUGCUACACCUAUUGUAUUUUUACUGCCUUCUCACGAGACGGUAUUCAGUGGAUCAUCGGUGUCAAUCAAAGAUCCAUACGAAGAGAUUUCUAAUCUCGCUCAWGCSCAUCAAAAGAGCGGUUGGAUCAUGACCGUUUGCCUUGGAGAAAGCAAGGCCAUGGAGCAGGCUUUACAUGCGGUGCAUUGUGGGAUGGAACGGGGUUACUGGGUCGUGAUACACAAUGCUGAAYUAGCYGAUGAAUGGUCCAAGGAAUUCAUAGAAGCACUGCAGGUUAUUACMACCACAUAUCAAGUGAUCGAUGAUAAUGAAGAUGACGAAAUCUACUCCAUCUGGACGGACGAYCCCGAACUACGAACCCCUCAAUCUCACAACCGGCUUAGCGCGGUUCACCCAGAGUUCCGUCUGUUCGUAACGACACGUGUUGGCUCAGGGAGACCAUUACCUGCUGUUCUGAUACAACGCGGGCUUAAGUUGGCUUGUGAAGCCAAAGCGACGUACCGAUCGAUUAUGAAGCAAACGUUUGAGAGCCCAGUCCCUCAGUACGCAAUAUACGUCAUGGCGUACCUACACUCGACUCUUCAUUAUCGUCGACAACACGGGCAGUGUGCKUUUGUCUGUCCUUACGAAUGGAACUAUUCUGAUGUACAUGGCAGUUGUGAUCUAUUACGUCAUCUGUCAUGUGUAUUGAGUCAAGAUACACCAGUCCAGCUAGUCAAAGUAUUAGACAUGAUAGCUUGGACCGUUUAUACGGGMCAUGUAUUUGACAAGAUGGACGCCUUGGCCGUCAGAUCGAUAGCACAGUCGUUAGCCAACAGCCAAGCCCUACAGAUAAUGCCAAUGUCAUUUGAACCWAACACCAMCCCUGACAGUGGAAUUUAUGUAUCAGGAUUAUCUGUUUGCAAUGCAUCAUGGGAUAGUGAACGGAGCUGUCUUGUUGGUGGACCAGGUCUCGUGACUGAACUUCCAGUUGUUUUGCUUACACUACAAGYUGACUCCAAGACAAAACUGUCUUCUGAUUCAGAUCUUGUAGUUUAUGACUGUCCUUUAAGAAGUAACGUGACUAACGACCUUCUYACCAGUCUUCCGCUCAUCUCGGCUCUCUCCGUUGAGGAACUUCGUAAAAGAAAAGUUUCUCUUGUCACUUAA